AUGAAAUAGUUAGAAAAAAUGAUAAUGAGGGAUUGUCUGCAAUUCUUGAAAAUGAAAUAGCAAAUAAUUGUAAUAUUCUAUUUAUGGCCAUUGAGAAUAAAGGGUCAACAGAAAAGAUAAAUGAAACUUAUCGCUAUAUAUUGCAUCUUUAUGGUCAUCUUAUUAAUGAUCAAAAAGCGCUA